UUCCAAAGUCCUCCACUGCUGACUUCUUUGGAACCUCUGGCUGGGAGGUAUUUAAAAAUUAUCUUCCCAAAUUGUACUUUGAACCAAGUAACAAUUCAGAAGCAAGCUGAACUGGAUUACUUUCCGCAAUGGCUGAUAAUUUUAGCAAGAUUGUGGAAGAACAGGAGCUUCCAUAUACAUUAAUAAAUGUCAUUGGAGGUCCAGAUGGAAUUUAUGAAGACCAUGUAGAGUUUCUGGAAAAACAUCUUAAACUCAUCACCAUGCAGGAAUAUCUGAAAAACAAGCAAGUGCUCAGCGAAAAAAUCCAAGCAAUAUUUAUGUGGGCCUAUAAACCUGAGGCCAACAGGGAUCUCCUGGAAGCCCUACCUAAUUUAAAAGUGAUAGCAGUCUCCGGUGCAGGAACAGACUACCUUGAUUUGAAAAUGAUCUUCAGCUUUGGUGUAAAAGUAGCUAAUACACCUUUUGCAGUGUCCAGUGCAACAGCAGAUAUGGGGAUAGCUUUGAUGUUGGCUUCUGCUAGAAGAAUUGUGGAAGGUUACCAGAUUACAGUUUCCCCUGAUACUAAACAUUUUAAUAUUGACUGGUUGGGACAAGAAAUAACUGGUGCAACUCUAGGUAUUAUUGGAAUGGGCAGAAUUGGUUACAAGGUGGCCCAAAGAGCUAAAGCUAUUGAGAUGAAAAUUCUUUACCACAACAGAAACCGAAGAAAUGAGGCAGAUGAACAAGCUGUUGGUGCUGUUUAUUGCCAGAAGAUGGAAGAUUUACUCCAACAAGCUGACUUUGUGAUGUUGACUGUGAAUCUGACUCCUCAGACAUGCAAGUUGAUCGGGAGAAAGGAACUAGAACUCAUGAAGCCCACUGCCACUCUUAUCAACAUAUGUAGAGGUCAAGUGGUCGAUCAAGAUGCACUGCUGAAGGCCCUCCAAACUAAAAUAAUUAAGGCCGCAGCUUUGGACGUGACAUAUCCAGAGCCAUUGCCAAGAGAUCAUGCUUUAUUACAUUUAAAGAACGUCAUUAUAACACCCCACAUUGGAAGUGCAACUUCACAAACCCGUCGCCGUAUGAUGGAAAAUAUGGUUGAAAGUAUUCUGGCUGCUGUAAAAGGCCUUCCAGUCCCUCAUGAAGUCCAUGAGUAACACAUGCUUCAUUUGUUGUGAUCAAGUGUUAGCGUUCUGUAUUUGUCUUUAAAUGUUUAUACCAAAGUAAUGAAUUUGAUUUUUAUCUUCAUUUGGCAACAAAUCUCCAUUAAUCUUCCUUGGAAAAAGAAAAAUAAUAAAUAUGCUUUUGGGUA